CAUCACUGCUUUGGACAUUGUUUUUCUGCUGCUGCACACAACAAUCAGUUUUCAUACACAAAUAUAAAUUGGAGAAAAUUUUUAGAAUAUUUGUUCCAACAUUAGGGACGACGACAAGAAAAUUAAAACUCUUACUUUUAGUAUAAAAAUUCGCGGAGGUGUGCAAAAACAUAAAAAUAAUAAAUAAACUUAAAAACAAUCACAAAAACAAAAAACUUACGUCAUCAAAAGAGAUUCGAUGAGACAAGAAUUGUGGUUUUUUUCGAGACCAAGACCAGUAAAAAUUGUUUGAUUUCUACAAUUAUUUGCACAGACCAAUUAAGUUGGCAGAAAAUCAAAAGCAUCAAAGAUGAUUCAUGUCGGAGAGAACACUUGGAUUUUGCGAAUUUUUAUAACUGAUCUCCAAGUUGAGAAACAGUUGAGGGUGAAGGGCGAUCAGCAUAUUGGUGGAAUAAUGCUACAGCUGGUCGACCCGGAAAAUCCCAAAGAUUGGUCUGAUCAUGCCCUUUGGUGGCCAGAGCGUAACAUUUGGUUGACAAGAACUCGUUCUACUCUAGAUCAAGUGGGCGUGCAAGCUGAUUGUUUAUUACAUUUCACACCCAUGCAUAAAGUUUUACGACUACAAUUGCCAGAUUUGCGUUUCAUUGAUUGCAGAGUUGAUUAUUCGAUAAAAACAUUUGCGGCGGUGGUAAAUAUAUGUAAAGAUUUGGACAUUAGGCAUCCAGAAGAGUUGUCGCUGUGUAAACCAUUGGAGCAGGAACAUUUAAAGAAGAAUUAUGGAAAAUAUCCCCAGAAAAAAGCUGCCAUUUCCGAAGCAAAUGGUAUGGUUUAUUUACAACCUGCUCCCGACACAAAUUCUUUUAUACCAAUUAAUUCAGCCCACAAAGGAGGCAGUAACGGAAGUUUAGAUAGAACACAAAAUGGUAAUUUAUUAUGUGCUCCUGUCUCUCCCUAUAACACAACACCCAGAAAAACUGGAACUGCUCCCGGAACUCCCAUAUCAUCUCCCACUGGCACUUGGAAAAAUAGCAGCAAUGGCUACGCCACCUAUGAUUCUUCAUCCAGUUUAGGUGAUUACCAGGAGAAUUUAGCGGCUUCGCCAAGGUCGCCUAGUCCAGAUGUUAGGUCCCGUCUGGUGCGUCCGAAAUCGCUAAUUGAAAAGGCCCGCAUGAAUGUUGGCUGGCUGGAUUCUUCUCUGUCAAUUAUGGAGCAGGGUAUUAGAGAGUACGACACCUUGUGUUUCCGUUUCAAAUAUUACACCUUCUUUGACUUGAAUCCCAAAUACGAUCUUGUGCGUAUCAAUCAGUUGUACGAGCAGGCCAAAUGGGCUAUUUUAAACGAAGAAAUCGAUUGCACUGAAGAAGAGAGUCUAAUGUUUGCUGCUCUUCAAUUUCAAAUCAAUCAACUUAAUGAGUUUCAACCGUACCAAAAUUCAGGCAUUGAUUCCACAUUUAACGAAAAUGGCACUGACGAUGAUAUUGAUUCAGCUUUAAACGAAUUGCAGAUAACCUUAGAGGGGCCUAAUUCGAAUGGUGAUGGUAACAUCACGAAAAUACCAGAACUGUCCGACUAUUUAAAAUUCUUAAAACCACGUAAAUACACCAUGAAAGGUUACAAACGUUAUUUCUUUGCAUACAGAGAUCUGCAUUUACAUCUUUAUAAGUCAGCCGAAGAUUCCCACAGAGGAGCUCCAGUCAUAACGAUCAAUUUAAGGGGAUGUGAAGUGACACCGGAUGUCAAUUUGUCACAACAAAAGUUUGCCAUACGUCUGGAGGUGCCACCAGAGGGUAAAAAUGGUCCGAAUACCGAAGUAUGGAUUAGAUGUGAAACCGAAGAUCAAUAUGCCAAAUGGAUGGCAGCAUGUCGUUUAGCUGCCAAAGGUCGUUCUUUGGCUGAUAGUUCGUACGACAGUGAAGUUUCCAAUAUAAAAACUCUAUUAAAUCUACAGAAGCCAGCCCAAGGAGUGGCAGUAAGUGUUGAUCCACGUUCCAUCGAAGUUUUGGAUUAUCUUUCUCCAAGAAUGUUAAGAAAACUAUCGAGUAAAGCUGCCAUCAAAAUAUUGGAAGCUCAUGCCAAUGUCAGCAAACUGGCCCUAAUGGAUGCUAAACUAAAGUACAUUCAAGCUUGGCAGUCACUACCCGACUUUGGUGUCUCUCUGUUUGUCAUCAAAUUCGACGGUCACAAAAAGGAGGAACUUUUGGGUGUAGCCCACAAUCGUAUUAUGCGUAUGGAUUUAAAUACUGGCGACCACAUUAAAACUUGGCGAUACAACACAAUGAAAGCUUGGAAUGUCAACUGGGGCAUAAAAUGUAUGAUGAUACAAUUCAACGAAGAAAAUGUAGUAUUCUCUUGUUUGUCGGCCGACUGCAAAGUUGUGCAUGAAUUCAUUGGCGGUUACAUUUUUAUGUCAAUGCGUUCAAAAGAACACAAUCAGACUUUAAAUGAGGAAAUGUUCCACAAACUUACCGGCGGAUGGGUUUAAAUCAUUAUUUUUAUUGUUAAAUCUAACCAAAACUCUUGACGCACAUUAAAUACUAAAACUGGUGUUCUAUUUUAAUCCUUUAAAAGUUAUAAUACAAAUUUCAAGAACUAAUUUACAUGCAAAUAUUUAUUUAUAAUUGCCAAAGUGCCUAAAAUAUUUUAUAUAUGUACGAAUCACUUUUCUAAUCAAGGCUCCCUCUGUCGUGGCCACAUUUUUUAUCUAUGUAAAUUUUUUUUUAUAAUAACAAUCAUUUGCUUUUAUCUUGUCUUCGAGAAAUGCGUGUAUUUCUAAUCUAUAAGUAAUCUUAAUUUAUAUCUACCUACCUAUAUACAUUUUUAAUAACAAUAACAUAAUUUUUUAUGUUUCUCAUUUUGUAUGUUGAACAUUCGUUUUAUUUUAAUUAGAUUUUUGUUGUAAUUUUAUAUAAAUUAAUCCAACUAUGUAUUACAAUAAUAAAAUUAUAUCAAUUAAUACAUAAUAAUAAAA